AUGUUGGGCUUCCCUUCGUAUGCUGGCAUCAACUUCCCCUGCAAUGGUAACAGUACGGGCAUAGGACUGAACUCCAUGGCCCACGAUGUUGUGACGGACUACUGGAAUAAGCCCGUCGAUGAAACGUCUCGUCCUUAUCUGUCUGGCAACCAUGAGGUCGGCCCCGACGACAUGAGGUUGGAUAUUGGAGGCGAUAAGGUGGCCAGCCACGGUGGUGAGGGAUCGAGUUCGGCACAUGCGGUUAGUUCGACAGCUGCGAGGCCGGGGAAGCUGAGGUCGGCACCUUCAAUUUGGAGGCCCAAUUUACGAUUUGGUGUUCACGGAGUGGUGCCGGCUUGA